AUGUGUGCAGUUUAUGGUACAUUUCUGUGUAUAUGUAUUUGUGUACUGUUUAGUCUGAAGACAGCGAAAUGUAAUCCCAUUACGAACUCCAAUUUCAACGAGAACAUCAGGGAAUUUUCUUUGAAGGAGGAUAAUAAUUCCACAGCUAAAACAUUGCUCAAAGGCGGAUUCGGACGGAACGCUAAUUUUGCCCCGCCUGCUAAUCCAGCAAGAAUUAAGGAGGUGUCAGAUAAUGCUGUAGCAAGUUCCAGCCAUGGCAGAGGUUAUUCACACCACGAAUAUCCCGGUUACGGGAUAUAUGACCACGAAGAAACCCCAUAUUAUGGGUAUGAACAUGAUCACGUCCCAUACGACCAUGGAUACAAUCACCAUGGCAACCAUGACCACGAAUUACAUUAUAGUGGCUAUGGCCAUAGGCACUAUAAUCAUGCAUUAGCAGCUAAAGCAGUUCUAUGGCCCCUAGCUGGUAUAGCACUUUUAGGAGCAGCGGCUGCUUUAGUCACCAACCCUGUUCUUCUACAACUUGGAGUCGCUACCGGAAAACGAAAACGACGUGAUACAGAACUAACCGCGCCAGAUUUAGAUAUUAAUUGGCCUGAAGAUCUACCUAACGAAUCUAAAAUGUGUGUUGAAACUAAAGAUUUUAAAAGCACUAAAAACAUUACAAGAAGACCUUCCAAAGACCAAAGGCUAGCAUCUACUAUUUCCAAUCCAGAUAAUUAUGUAAAAAUACCAAUAAAAAUAAAAAGUGAUUGA